GGUCAUGUGACUAUAUAAACCGCAAAACAACACUGGUGAUCGAAAUAUAAGUCUGUAAAUAGUUGUCCUGCACGAAAGAACUUGCUAGAUACAUUGUUUACACUUUACAGGAAAUUAUAACUGAAUCCACACCUGUCUAACAGGCAGGCCGUUUCAAUGCAUUACAGAGAACCGAAAACGCUGCGGAGAUGGACGCGUACGAUUUGUUUACAAGUUGCAGAAAGGGCGACAUUUCCAGAGUUAGGUAUCUUGUUGAACAGAGAGACGUGGACCUCAAUGUAAGAGACAAAUGGGACAGCACCCCGUUGUACUAUUCUUGCCUCUGUGGCCAUGAGGAGCUCGUCCAGUACCUGUUGGCUAAUGGAGCAAAGUGUGAAGCCAACACAUUUGAUGGAGAGCGAUGCAUGUAUGGGUCUCUGAGUGACUCCAUCCGACGUCUCCUAAAAGAGUACAAGUGCAUCACAGCCCAAGCCAUGCAGAGGGACUAUUAUGACCACUUCCUUCUCACGUUACUGGAGCAGGGCCAGUAUAGUGACGUCAAGUUCCUGGUUCACGGUGAGACAUUUCAGGCUCACCGCUGUGUGCUGAGCGCUCGCUCAGAGUACUUCACAGCCAUGUUUGAAACCAAAUGGAAAGGAAAGAACUUGAUCCCCCUCAAACACCCUUUGAUCAACCCAGCAGCCUUUGGUGCCAUCCUGCAGUAUUUUUACACUGGUCGUAUGGACAUUGAUGUGAGCCACGUGGAGGACUGCAAGCGGCUGGCCAAACAGUGCAAAAUGGGCGACCUUAUUGAUGAGUUGGAGAGCAAGUGUAAACAGGUGUAUGAGUUUGUCUCCAAUAAACCAGGGACCUGUGUAAAGGUUCUCACCCUGGAGCCUCACAGCUGUCAGCAUCAGGAGGAGAUGGCUCAACUGGCCGACUGUGCUCUCCCUGCAGAGUUAAAAGUGGGAUUUGGCGAGCUUCCAUUUGACAGAACUGACAACUUCCCUAGCUACCCUGACAUUUGCUUCAGGGUUGAAGGUUAUGACUUCCUGUGUCAUAAGGCAUUUUUCUGUGGACGCAGUGACUAUUUUAAGGCGCUGCUGCAGGACCACUUCAGUGAGGGAGAGAUGAUGCAGUCCCAGCCCAGCACCCCAGUCCUCACCAUCCACAACAUCUCCCACGAGAUCUUUAUCCGUCUCCUCUAUUACGUCUACAGCGACGACACAGAGCUGUCCCCAGAGAAUGUGUUUGAUGUGCUGUGUGUGGCUGAUAUGUACCUGCUCCCCGGGCUGAAGCGUCUGUGUGGUAAGACGCUGGCCAAGAUGCUGUGUGAGGAUAACGUGUUGCACAUGUGGAAGACAGCCAAGCUCUUCAGACUGUCUCGUCUGGAGGACCAGUGCACGGAGUACAUGGCUAAGAUCAUAGAGAGGCUGGUAGAGAAGCCUGAGUUUGCUGACAUGAUCAAGGAGGAUGCUGGGGCGGUGGAGGACCGACACGAGACUGACUCCAUCCCUCUGGUGGACGACAUCCGCUUCCACAUCACCAGCAACGUUCAGACCUUCAGUGCCAUUGAGGAGGCCAACGUGAAGCUGGACGCCCUGGAUCAGCUGCUCUCCACCAUCGGUCUGGAAUGCUAAUGAGAAGGUGUGGUGGUGUGUUAGGGCUAGUACUGGCUAAGCUAGCUGCUAGCCACAACCAGUGGCAAGAAGGACUUGUAUUGGACUGUUGAGGGGUAUUGGGAGAGACAUUAAAUAGCUUUCACAUUAUACACACAAAAAUAGUGUUUUUCACCAGCAAUGGCUUCAAAUAGUUUAAAUGCUUCUGGGCCAGACCAGGUGGUGGGCAAAGCACUUUUUUGCGAAUAAUGUGAAAGCUGAUAAUGCAAUAAUUUGUGUAUUGGGUACAUUCUAGUAUUGACCUGAGUUUGGUCUUUGACAUUCAUGUCGGGACUGGAGGUGUCAAGUUGCUAUUGAGUAUCUAGACAAGGAUAGUGUUGCUGAAGAAGUUGAGGAUGAUGUUUCAUUGGAAUGACAGAUACAGAAGCCCAUGUGAUGAGGAUGAAGAGUGAGGAAUGGAGUGUGGACUCUGAUUGUAAUAUAUACUUUCGUUUGCGGUUUUAUUUUGAAGUAAUGUGUCUUUUUCUUGGAACAAAACAGUUGGGGAAUGACAAGUCAUCUGACCACAAACAUAGUAGACCCAAUAUCACAGAAGAUAUUACAGUAUGUUGGCUUAGAAAUGUAGCUAUUAAAGAACCUUCGCAUUUGUGUGAAAAAUACCCAAUUAUGAAAAUCUCUGUUUUUAAACAAAGAGACUCAGAGAAAGAGCAAAUAUUUUACUCGUGUGAUGAAUUAGAAUAAUUAUAGAAUUCUGAAUGACAGCAAAUGUUUCCCCUAACAUGGACAUCACUCUUAUUUUUACUUUCAAAUUUUCCUGACUGGUAUGAAUGUGUUAAACAAUGUUUUAGCGGCUUGCUUUUCUUAAGAGGCAAGACAUUUUGAUUAUUUUUCAACUUGCGCUAGUAUAUUGUAGGCCUAAAUGCAUGCUGAUUUACUCUUGUUGUGUAUGCAUGAUUUAUCUUUAUAGAAUGUAGCUUUUUAUUUAGGUGUUAGGAGAGAGGAAACCAUAGCUAGUUACAUGGCUAUGUUAAAUAUUGUUUAAAUCUCAAAAAUAAUGAAAAGAAAUUCAGCCUCAUAUGACAAUGUAUUGAAACUUUUUACUGUUAAUCAUGAGUAAAGUAAAGAAUUUGUUUUUCUGAUUUAGUUUUGAAAAAAUUAUGACUGGAGUCAAAGACCCAAUAAGAGAAUUUACAAAAUGUAAGUGUUUUUUUAAUUUUUAGUUGGCAAUGAUUCAGAGAUCUCAUGACACAACUUGUAAUCUACUUGAUUUGAUAACUAGAUAUUGAAUCCUGUCAGUCACAUUCAUGCAGCAAAUGCAUUUAGCCUCAAUUUGCAUGCAGUGUGGGGAAACCACAGUAAGAAGGAAGUGAGUAUUUUCACAUACAGCAGUCACAAUGAUCCUCAUUUCCUUAAAGCAUACUUGCAUGUACAAGCAGACAGACAACUAACCACAAGCAAUACAGUGCAAUUUUGAUUUAUUUAUUUUGAACUCAAUCUAAGUCCCAAUAUCUCUUAUCUUUAACUAUGACAUUCCACUGCUAUGCAUAUAUCACUUUCAAAAUACAAAUGUAUUUUUCAUUGUCAACUUUACCACAUAUACUACUGGAUAAGCAUAGGAUUGUGCUGUAAAUAACAUUAAACACCUGUACAUGCUGAACAGACAAAUACAUGUUAUUUGUUUGUGAA